GUAAUGCAGGGAGAGGAAGCGGAAGGGUACGGAGCGGAAGAGGAAGUGCAGGGAUGGUGUGGUUGCGGGUGGGGGCCCUCAGCGGUUCCGCGGCUGUGGCGGCUGCGGCCUACGGGGCCCACGGGUUCCGCCGCAGCGACCGCGAUGAUUACCAGAAGGAGAUCUUCGAGACGGCGAAUCGCUACCACCUCCUGCACAGCCUGGUGCUGCUCAGCGUUCCCCGCUGCCGCCGGCCCGGAGUGGCCGGAGCGCUGCUGAGCGCGGGGAUGACGCUGUUCUGUGGGCCCUUCUAUUACUUCGCCCUCAGCGGGGAUCCGUCGCUGAACCGCGCGGCGCCCGUGGGCGGAACGCUGCUCAUCCUGGGCUGGGCCGCCAUGGCGCUGUGAGCGACGUCGCCCAUUUAAGACCGCGGCAUUUCCCCUUUAAGAACCGCGGUGCCGUUGCCCCUUUAAGACCCACGGCGUCGCCCCUUUUAGAACAGCCGCCUUUAAGACCGUGGCGUCGCCCUUUUAAGAACUGCGGCGUUGCCCCUUUAAGGCCCGGCCCCGCCGUUCCCAUUGGCUGAGCGCUCCGCCAAUCAGCGUGGAAAGCCCCGGUGGAGGCGGCAGCCAAUCGGAGCGCGGGGGCGUGGCUUCCUCGCGGCACGCUGGCGUCACCGCGCUGUUGCUGGGCGACAGCCAAUGAGGCGCGAGCGCUCGACCUUGUCCCCGCCCCCUCGCGGUGAUUGGCUGCGGGCGGCGGAUGGAGGGACGAUGAGGGGGAAGAGCGGCCUCUGAUUGGCUGCAGCCUCCCCCACCCCCCCGAAUGAAUCAGCCAAUAAACGAUCGAGUUUCGGCAGCGC